UUUCCAACUGCCAAAGCAAAUUUCCAUUCUACUGGGUAGGUAUACCCAUCUCGACUUUUCCUGAAAAAAGAAAGAAAAAGUUGCUUACAGUAUUGAAAUCUCUUCUUCUUUUCGAUGACUGCUGCAAGGAUUCAUGGCAUAUCAAAAUUUGGAUUUUCUGUGUAUCAAAAGCAAACAUCCUUAUCUUCUAUUGGUGGAAUGUGCUAGUUCUGCAUUUGCAUAUUAAAUUUGAGGAAGUGUGGUUAUAGCGGGAACCGGGAGGGUGGUUUUCUUGUGUCAAAUAGUAACAGAUUACUGGUUGCCACACAGUCAAGACAGAAGGAGAGAAACUUAAAUAAAAUAAAAGCUUUCUGAUCAUCCCCUCGAAUAUAGAAAAUCAUAGAUUUGAUGAAGGGCACACCAUUUGUUGCAACCAAUUUAUGUUGACUGGGUUUGACGGGUAUUCUCUGUUCUUCUACAUUUCUUUUUAACACCGUAAAGUCUACUAGCAGAGCAGGUAAUAUGUGGCCCCAAAACCUAGGGGUGGAGACCACAGGAACUGUCAGUUGGACAGUCUUUAGUUCAAGUAUAUUUGUGCUUGUUGCUCUUGUUCUCUCCAUUUAUUUAAUAUUCGAGCAUCUAGCUUCCUAUAAUCAGCCUGAGGAACAGAAGUUUUUGAUUGGCAUCAUUUUAAUGGUUCCUGUUUAUGCAUUGGAAUCAUAUGUGUCACUAUUGGAUUCUAGUGCUUCAUUUAAUAGUGAAGUUAUCCGGGAAUGCUAUGAAGCUUUUGCAUUAUACUGCUUUGAGAGAUACUUCAUAGCUUGCUUAGGUGGUGAGGACAAAACAAUUCAAUUUAUGGAAAGUUUGAGCGUAAGGGACUCUAGCAUUCCUCUUCUAAAAGAAGCAUAUGCAUAUGGAGUUGUAGAGCAUCCAUUUCCCUUAAAUCUCAUCUUAAGGGAUUGGUAUCUUGGUCCUGAUUUCUAUCAAUCUGUGAAAAUUGGCAUUGUACAAUAUAUGAUACUGAAGAUGAUCUGUGCAUUGUUGGCAAUGAUCCUCCAGUUUUUUGGGGUUUAUGGAGAGGGGAAGUUUGAAUGGAAAUAUGGGUAUCCCUACUUGGCACUUAUUCUUAAUUUUAGUCAGACAUGGGCCCUAUAUUGCCUUGUACAGUUCUAUUCUGUCAUUAAAGAUAAGUUGAAACCAAUCAAACCAUUGGCAAAGUUUCUAACUUUUAAGUCAAUUGUCUUCCUGACAUGGUGGCAAAGUGUGGCUAUUGCAUUUCUUUUUUAUGUGGGAGCACUUAGGGGGUCGUUGGCUCAGGAGUUGAAAACACGGAUACAAGACUAUAUCAUCUGUAUAGAGAUGGGCGUGGCUGCUGUUGUGCACCUUUAUGUCUUCCCUGCCGUACCUUACAAAAGGGGAGAGAGGUGUGUCCGUAAUGUAGCAGUGAUGGCUAACUAUGCAUCUCUAGGAACAGCUCCUGACCCUGAGGAGAUUCGAGACUCUGAGCGCUCAACUAGAAUGCGGCUGGGAGGACAUAAUGAGCCAAAAAAGCCUAUGAAAAUCACCCAUAGUGUUCGGGAUGUGGUUGUUGGAAGUGGUGAAAUUAUUGUUGAUGACAUGAAGUUUACGGUUUCACAUGUGGUAGAACCUGUUGAAAGGGGUAUUGCAAAGAUUAACAAAACCUUCCAUCAGAUAUCAGAAAAUGUGAAACGCCAUGAGGAGCGUACGAGAAGCACCAAGGAUGAUAGUUAUCUUAUUCCCUUACAUUCACGAACAGAAGAAUAUUCUGACGUUCAUGAUACUCUUGAAGGAAGUGUCAGUGAUAGUGGCUUGCCCAGUGGGAAGCGACAGCAUCUCCAAUCCAAAGCAACAGCCACCAGAAUUAGAAGAUAGUGUUUAACAGUUCGAAGUAUUUAGUCUUGUACAUAUAGAACAUUUCAAGUUGACUUCGACGUGAAAUUUUGAAAUACGUCGAUGUAAUUCGGUGAAUUUACUAAAAUUUAGAUUGAGAUGUCUAACAUCAGGUAACGAAAGAGGUAUUGACAUGUGGGUCCGAAUAUCAGGUAACAAUAGUACCCGCAUUCGGCAUAACGAAACCAAUGCAUCUUUUUUAAUGCAACUGGAAGUAGUUGAAAUUAUAACUUUAUGAUAUUACGUUGAU